UGUCCCUCGGGUGCAGACACUGUGUUGCGCUUGCUGAUGGCAGUUGUAUAAUCUGAUGUAACAAAAAAGUGGUUGUAGCCCGAUGAACUUUGUCACGCAUUUUACCAGCUGCUUAAGGAACAUUCAUAGCACUAUUCCAGGAAGAAUGCAGCUGUUGAUUUUCUCCUUGCUGAUACUGUACUCGAGAUCCGUCCACUCUCAGUCGCCCGAUUCAACCGAGGUCGCUUACGACCUUCUCAAAGCCGUCACAAUAGACUCGGCCGCUCCCACGGAUGUUACACGUCAGCCAGGAUUCUGUCCGCCGGCAGAUGGUAACCAGAACACAGCCUACUCCUACCACAGAGGAGGUCAGCUCCACAUUGAAGCGGACAGAGUUUUUCCAGCCACAUUUCCCAGAGAUUUUUCAAUUCUGGCCACUGUCCGACUCAAGACUGCCACAGAAGGCGAGUUGUUCGAAUUGGUUGAUCCGGAAGGAAAAAGGCGACUGGCUGUGACCUUGGGACCUACAAUCACUCUGGAUUACUAUGGCGAGGGACAAAUGCGAAAGGUCCGAUUCAUGCAGUCUCUCGUACCAUACAGAUGGUACCGGAUCUCACUUAGCAUCAAGGGAGACGCAGUCACACUGUUGGUUAACUGCCGCGUUGUUCAGUCUCAGAUGCUGGUCAGGAGCCCUUCGGACCCGACAGGUCUUGAGAGUGGGACGCUAUAUGUGAUGCAGCAUAAGGAUGGAAAGGCAAGCUUCACGGGUGUUGUCGACCGACUCCUGAUUAUCCCCACUCCAGAAGGCGCCUACAAUCACUGCACCACCUUUUCUCCAUGCGAAAAAUCCAACUCGUUUUACGAUUCCAUGCAAGCUGAAGAAGUCGAGACCACAGAGUGGCAAUAUGGAAUCCCCGGAGCGCCUGGUGAAAAGGGAGAACCCGGUCUCAAGGGAGAGAAAGGUCAACCGGGACGUGACGGAAGAAGCGGGAUCCCGGGAAGUCCUGGAUCUCCCGGCGUACCAAGUCACAUACUGGUUAUGCCACUGCCGAGCUUUGGUAAAAACGAAUUAUCUCGAAUGGCCAGCUUCCGAACGAUGGUUCAACAGUCUGUGAUGAUGUUGAAGGGCAGUCGUGGACAGCAAGGAAUGACUGGUCUUCCCGGUAUCCAAGGACCUCCUGGCUAUGUUGGCGAAAAGGGCGAGCAAGGUCACACUGGAGAUCCCGGAUUCAUGGGUCCCUCGGGUUUACAAGGUCCUCCGGGACCAAGUGGUCCACGAGGACGACCAGGAUUGGAUGGUGAGGUUGGAGCGAGCGGACUCUCGGGGAGCAAAGGACAACCUGGGCUUCCAGGGCCCCCAGGACUGCCCGGACCCAUGGGACACAAAGGUGAUGUGGGACCGCAGGGUAACAAGGGAGAUAUUGGUCCCCGCGGUCCCGUUGGCCCACGAGGCAGGACUGGUGAAGUUGGACCGGUUGGUGAACCAGGACCCCCCGGAUUACAGGGUCCCAUGGGGCCUCCCGGACCACCGGGAGUUCGCGGAUUGCCAGGGAGCAUGGGUCCUGGCGGAAUGAAAGGCGAAAUGGGUGAUGUUGGUAUUAUGGGACCCCCUGGCCCUCGAGGCCCAGUCGGCCCCCCAGGUAUGCUCGGACCUCAGGGCCCUAGAGGCCUCACAGGUUUACCCGGACUAAGAGGGCCACCCGGUGAACGUGGUCCUCAGGGAAGCCCUGGUUUGCCUGGGAAUCCUGGACAACAAGGAAACGUUGGGCUUAAGGGUGAACCGGGAGCGCCAGGGCUGGUUGGUGACAGUGGUCCUCUCGGUCCUCUGGGGUACAAAGGCGAUCGUGGGCCACGUGGGCUCAUUGGACCAAAAGGAGACCAGGGCGCACCUGGAAAAACGGGUGUACGAGGUGAACGAGGAGAAAAAGGAGCCAAGGGCGAACCAGGAAACGCGGGGCCCCGAGGAAGUGAUGGCCCCCUUGGGAGUAAGGGAGAAAAUGGAAUGCCUGGAGAGCCGGGGUCGAGGGGUAUGGAAGGUCCAAAGGGCAAUCAAGGUGGGCGUGGUGCUGCUGGUUUUGUUGGAUCACAGGGGCCCAAAGGUGCAGUUGGUCCAGCUGGGCCCAUCGGUCGUACUGGGGAGAAGGGUGAUCCUGGUCCGAUAGGUCCUCUUGGACCUCGUGGGCCUGUUGGCCCACCCGGUGCGCCUGGACCACGAGGAGCUCCUGGACCGUCAGGCCCAACGGGAAUGAAAGGAGAUGAAGGCCCGGUAGGGCCGACCGGACCAAUAGGUCCAGUUGGACCUCAGGGUUCAAGAGGGCUUCCCGGAUUUGUCGGGGGUGCUGGGCCUGUGGGCUUGCCUGGACGUCCUGGACCCCCGGGUUAUGUGGGCGACCGUGGAGAGCCCGGUGAACCUGGCCUUCCUGGAGAAAUCGGCCCCGUGGGUAUGGUUGGAGCACCAGGUCAAACUGGGGAGCAGGGAGCUGUCGGAGAACGUGGAUUAGCUGGCCCUCGUGGUCCACAAGGAAACCCUGGGAGACCAGGUGUAGAAGGUUUUGAAGGACCCCAGGGCGACAAAGGGGAUGUUGGUCCAAUCGGCCCGACCGGUCCGAGUGGUCCGGUCGGUCUUCGUGGCAGUCCGGGUCCCGUUGGUCCAUCGGGUGAAGUCGGUCCUAAGGGAGACCAAGGACGACCCGGAAUGCAAGGAAGCAUAGGAGACAAAGGUGACCGGGGUCCCCAUGGACCUCAAGGUCCACCCGGAGUUGUUGGGCCCACAGGACCACAAGGUUUGCCUGGGAGUCCCGGAGAGCCUGGAUCGAAAGGAGCACGUGGUCAACCCGGGCCGAUUGGCGUUCGUGGGGAAAAAGGGAUUCGUGGUCUGGUCGGUAAACCGGGCGCCCAUGGUCCCACCGGGGUGGACGGUGAGAUGGGUGAUAUUGGGAGCCCGGGACCGCAGGGUUCAAAGGGCGAUCGCGGAGAUCGGGGAGAAGAAGGUCUUCCAGGUCCAACAGGAGAUAUCGGUGCCACCGGGCCUCAGGGAGCUCCUGGAGAGUCUGGUGAACCCGGACCAGCCGGUGUGGCAGGACCAAAAGGAAUUGAGGGAAAAGCUGGCCCUCCUGGACCCGAAGGCCCGGUAGGAGUUCAGGGUUCUCCUGGGCCAAAUGGACCACGAGGGGAGCCUGGGACCAAGGGUUUGCCUGGUCCGGACGGGCAUCCUGGUGAAGUGGGUCCUCCCGGUAUCUCAGGUUCUCCUGGAAAGGUUGGUAAUCCAGGUCCAAGUGGAACCCCUGGUGUCAAAGGUCCAAAAGGAGAACCGGGUCUCCUUGGGUCACGCGGUUUGCAAGGAAUACCUGGAAAGCCUGGACCGGAUGGCCCUCAAGGACCUAAAGGUACCCGAGGCAGACCUGGUCGUCAAGGUCGACCUGGACCUGCCGGUCCGCCUGGUAUUGCCGGUCAUCCCGGGCUGCAAGGUACACCCGGCCCUCAAGGCCCUCUGGGUCCUCCCGGUGAUGUUGGCCCUCAAGGAAGCGCUGGUCUCCCGGGAAGAGACGGUGGUCGAGGAAUCAUGGGUCCAGAUGGUGCAGUAGGAGAGGAUGGACCUCCGGGACCACCGGGUCCGGCCGGUACACCCGGGCCACAAGGUCCAGUAGGAUCCGCUGGUGAAACUGGACACGUCGGUGAUCCAGGAAGCCGUGGCCCUCCCGGUCCUUUCGGACCCGAUGGGGAACCUGGGCUUCCUGGACCUCCAGGCCCAGAGGGACCUGUGGGACCAAGUGGGCCGCCCGGUGAACAGGGUCUGCAAGGCCCUGUCGGUCAACCUGGAACUAAAGGAAAUCCUGGGAAACCAGGGAGCACGGGACCUGUUGGCAAUCCUGGUGACCAAGGACUGAAAGGAGUCAAAGGAAAUCCUGGUACCGUUGGUCCAACCGGACCUCAAGGGGAGCAAGGUAGUAUUGGUGACCCAGGACCACCUGGAGAGACAGGAGAGGUUGGAGGUGAAGGAGAUAUCGGUCCUCAAGGGCCUCGUGGACCUACUGGGGAUGAUGGAGAACCGGGACCUCAGGGUCGUCAAGGUCCUGCAGGCCCUCCAGGACAGAAGGGCCCUCGUGGAAAACCCGGCCAACCUGGAGAGCCCGGACCAAUGGGCAGACCAGGUCCACAAGGACAAGUCAAGGUCACUAAUGCACCUGAAAACGGCCUACGCAGGGUGAGAAGGUCGGUUAACCCGGUUCGCGAACAAACGCUGGAGGAUAUCAAUGCCAGGAUAUUCCAACGGGUUGACACACUGUACAAGAGAGCCAAGCUCGCUCGUCACCCACAGGGAACGAGGAUCAAGUACCCUGCACGCACCUGCAAAGACAUCCGACUGGUCAACAAAUUUGCCAAAAACGAUACGCAAGUUAUUUCUUACUGGAUUGAUCCAAACGAAGGAAUCAGUGGUGACACAAUCAAAGUUCAGUGUGUAUUCUACGACGAUGGUCGAGUUGAGACAUGCGUAGAGUCUACAAUGGAUCAGGGUAUGCUAACCACCUACAUGAAACCCCACGCCGGCGAUAGCGAGUGGCAGAGCCAGUUGCGUGUGAUGAACUCAACGAAACCCCCGAAUCUACAUGACUAUGGAGAUCAUUCUCAAGUCAACAUGCUUCGCAUUCAACACCGACGAGCCUCUCAAGAAUUGGAGUUCCUAUGUGACGGCACCGCAAUCUACGGUCGUUGGGAUCCCAAGCUCUCCGAACCGAAGUUUGACGUUGCUACCGCCUUGUUGGCACACAACGGUCGAAUGCUCGACUUGGGCAGCGGAGAGCGUCUCGGGUUUGGACUGGAACAUAUGGACAAGCGAAUUUAUCGGAACACACUGGACAGAAUUGAUACUAGUAUUACAGUGGAGUAUGACGGCUGCCAGUACAUGAAUCGCGGAGCGGCCACGAAGAUUCGAGUGGAAACUACGGAUCUCGAAGUACUGCCUGUUAUCGACUUCAAGGUGCGCAGCUUCGAUCAAUCCGGCCUCAGCUCGUUGAGUCUGAACGUCGGCUCUGUAUGUUAUCAAAUCUAGGGGCAAAGGGGAAAUCGUUACCAUCACAACCAGAGCCACUCACCUCCGUUGCCGUGCUCAUCAGCCCACAGCCAAUUUGUCGAUUCAAAAGAUCUUUAUUUCCCAAAGCCCGUAGAAGCAUGUAUUCCGUGUUUUUCUAUGUGCCUAGACGUACUGACAAGUCCUCUGCUUCUGUUGUCCUGUUAAUGUGGACCGACUGUGAAUAAAGUGCACAAUCUAUUCGAAUU